UGACACAUCUUCAACAUUAGGAAAAGCUUCCUCCUUGGAAGCGUUUUUGUUUGCUAACCUUGAAGAGAGGUUGGCUCCUUCGUAUGUUUAGAGUUAUUAGAAGUACCUUGAGUGCUACCGGUCUGAGGAAGUACAGAUUGUCAGGCACCAGAUGUGUGCUUUAACUGAUAUACAGCUAGCAUUUUAGCUCGCUAAAACAGAGCUGCACAAGCUAGUACGUGCUAACAGUAGCUGCUGAGGAGAUCGUAACAUUUACCGUUGAAGAGCUAACGUCAGUGGCGAGGAGAGCCGUUGAAAGCGGGGACUGUGGCCGUCAAAUCUACCGGAUAUGUACACAGCAGCAUAAUCAAGUCCAGUUGAGACACUCAAGUAAAUGACAAGCUUCAGAGGAAGAUGAACACAUCUGUCCCUUGGUUUCCCCCAAAUCACCCUUGGACUGGGAUGGUGUUGUGAGAAAGGAGAAAGGAGGGAAGCACGCAAGGAGAUUACAAACAAGAGUCAUGAAUCUCCAUCAGGUCCUCACAGGGGCUGUCAACCCUGGAGACAAUUGUUUCUCUGUAGGGAGCGUCAACAAUGUGCCAUUCACGGCCUAUGCAUCGGGCUGUGAUGUGGUGAUUUUGGGCAGUGACUUUGAGCGACUGCAAAUCAUCCCGGGAGCCAAACAUGGAAACAUCCAGGUCGGCUGUGUCGACUGCUCACUGCAGGGUGGACAGAUUGCAGCUUCCUAUGGAAGCAUCGUGUGUGUCUUCGAGCCUGUUCAGCUCCCAUAUCAAAAAGACACAUCUCAAACUAAGUUGAACUGCCAAUGGCAGAAGACUGGUCAAUUUGUAUUACACUCUAUGGUACGGAACCUGUCCUGGCAUCCCACAGGCAGCACUCUCCUAACUGGCUCUACAAGCCUUCAGCUGUGGUCUCAGGUUAAUGCAGUAAAAGAUGUAGCUGAAGACGGAGGCAAACAGGAAGAAAUGACCAUAAGAGACUCUCAGUCUGCCUGGAGGUGCAUCUGGCAGAGCAAGACGGCCUCUCCAGUCAGUUUAAUUAAGUUUUCUCCCGAUGGGGAAUUCUUCGCUACUGCUGGACAGGAUGAUUGCCUUGUAAAGGUCUGGUACAGCACCAGCAAGUGGAAGUCAGGGGUGUCAAGACUCUUUAAACCUCCAGAGCCCAGUAUCAGUGUCCAGGGAGAGCUGGCCUUUUCUUUUGUCUACCUGGCCCAUCCUCGCUCUGUCACUGGUUUCUCCUGGAGGAAGACUAGCAAGUACAUGCCACGAGGUGCGGUGUGUAACGUUCUGCUCACCUGCUGUAAAGACAGUGUGUGUCGACUUUGGGCUGAGACACUGUUGCCGGGAGACUGCCUCCUUUCAGGUCACAAUAACAACCAUGCUAGCCAACACAGUGACUCACACAGAUGCGCUGACCCUUCUAGGAAAAACAACUGCAAUGGAAAGAUGCAAGGACGGACAUCACAGGAAUUGAAUUUUCAGGAAUCACUGCAUGCCUCCUUGUAUCGAGAUGUGCCUCAGCCUUCUUUGACCAGCUGCCUGCCCCACCAUCAGAAUCGGCACUACAAGCACAAGAGAGUUAGCAGCCACAUGCCCCACGCCAACGCUCUCUGCCACUUCCACAUUGCUGCCAGCAUCAAUCCGGCCACAGACAUUCCUCUGCUGCCCUCCAUCACUUCCCUGAGUGGUGUCGAUGACGAGGAACCUGGCGGUCCUUUCACUGUCCACUGGCUCAACAACAAAGAGCUUCAUUUCACAUUAGCAAUGGAAGUCUUCCUGCAGCAGCUUCGAGGCAGUCUGGAGCAACAAAACGAAUGCUCCCAUGAAGAGCCUGAAGACGAAGAUAACUUUGAUGAAGAAGAUAAUGGUAGCAGACCAAACGACAGCCAAGGACCUGAUGCAGUGGAGCUUCCUCUGGCAGCGGUGAAGCAUCAGGUAGAUGUGCUGCUGGAGGAGUGGAAUAAAGGAGCAGACAUGCUGUUCAGCAUCCAUCCCAUGGACGGCUCUUUGUUAGUUUGGCAUGUAGACUGGUUAGACGAAUACCAGCCAGGCAUGUUCAGACAAACUCAGGUGUCGUUUGUGUCCCGCAUCCCUGUAGCGUUCCCUACAGGAGAUGCAAUCUCCCUCAGCCACAGUGUGGUCAUGUAUGCCUGCAACAAGAAUGUGGAUCUGGCAAUCCAACAUGGCAGACAGCGGCCGCCUGGGAGCACAUUGCCUCAAACCAAAUCUGCUCUAAUAAGCUAUGGAGGUCAAGGAAAAGCUGCGCCCAGCAGUAGUCUUCGUCUGAGUAUUUUCACCCCCAACGUCCUUAUGAUCUCCAAACAUGCCGACGGCUCCCUGAACCAGUGGGCGGUCUCCUUUGCAGAGGACUCUGCUUUCUCCACUGUGCUCAGUGUCUCUCACAAGUCACGAUACUGCGGUCACCGCUUCCACCUCAAUGACCUGGCCUGCCACUCAGUGCUCCCUCUCCUCCUCACCACCUCACACCACAACGCCUUGAGGACACCCGAUGUAGACAGCAUCCUGACUCCUCCAGAAGCCUGCUCCUCUGGUUUUCCUCAUUCAACAUCUCUUCCCCGUCAGUCAAGGUCCAGCAGGGGUUCUCUGGGUGUGGUAUCCCAGGAUCCCAAUGCCAUUUACAGUGAGCUGAUUUUAUGGAGAGUGGACCCUGUGGGCCCACUGUCUCUGUCCGGAGGGGUUUCUGAACUAGCACGGAUAAAUUCUCUCCAUGCAUCAGCCUUUGCUAAUGUAGCCUGGCUGCCCACACUCAUUCCAAGCAGCUGUUUAGGUGCAUACUGUAACUCUCCCAGCGCCUGCUUUGUGGCAAGUGAUGGCCACUCUCUCAGGCUGUAUCAGGCUGUUAUUGAAGCAAAGAAACUCCUGAGUGAGCUCUCCAAUCCAGAGAUAUCAAAAUAUGUUGGGGAGGUGUUCAACAUCAUCAGUCAGCAGUCUACAGCUAAACCAGGGUGUAUUAUAGAGCUGGAUGCCAUCACUGGAUUUCAGGGGAAGCAGACCCAGCUCCUGCAUGUUUUUGAGGAGGAUCUGAUCCUCGGCAGUGAGAGAACUGAGGGCACACAGGAAACUCCUGAUCUUCCUAAUACUGCUUCCAGUGAGCCAACCUUCUCAGCACGGUUUUUCCUCGUGGUGGUUGAAUUGACCCCGGCAGGCCGCUCACUCCUCCACAUGUGGCAUCUCCACAUUGCUGCUCUACCAGUCACUAUGGAUGAGACCAUGUCAGAGACUGAUGCGAACCCAGCCUCUCCUUUGAACAGCUCUCAGUUUAGUUUUGACAUGUUCACUUCCCCAGUACCUCAGAAGACCAAACCCUGCACUUCCAAUCUGCAGAGUGCCUGUCGCCUCAGCCUCACAACUCACAGACUGUACAGCCAAGAGAUGGCUCUGCCUGAGGGAGUGGAAGCCAUCAGUGUCACACCCUCAGCAGGUCACCUGAGUGCAUCCUGCUCUCUGCCUGCGGGCCGUGUGCCUUACCUCCUUGCUACUUCCUGCUCUGAUGGAACUGUCCGCUUCUGGAGAUGCACAACGAAGCCCUCAGGCAUAAACGACUUAGAGUACCAGUGGGAGGAGUGGCCUCUCCUGGUGGAGGAGGGUCUUCCUAACAGCAGUGCAGUUGGUGUUCACGGCCGCCCCAUAGAGGUUAGCUGCUGCCACACCGGACAGAUCGCAGUUGCAUACAGGCAGACUCCAUACACACCUCUGAACUCAACCCCUAAUCUGAACUCUUAUGGGCUGUUAACAUCUCCUCCCUCUCUGGCCUCCACCCCUUAUGUGCACCACAACAACACCACCACCACCCACCUGACUCCAACACUGACGGUACAACGCAGCCCCAAUCUCACUCCGUGUCCCAACCCAGCAAACGCUAGAGAACCAUUAUUUCACAUCAGCAUCUUCCAGUGUGAGUCCACUGGGGGUUCACAGUGGAUCCUGGAUCAGACUUUAGUCCUGGAUGGCACAGAUGGUGUCGGUAGUAGCACAUGUGGAAGUGGCAAUGCAGAAAAUAACACAGACUCCUCUAUACCUAAUGAACCCUGUCCUGCUACCUCUGGUAGAAGCCUGGUUCAUUUGGACUGGGUAUCACAGGAAAAUGGCUCCCAUGUUUUGACUGUUGGUAUAGGGACAAAGAUUUAUAUGUACGGUCGUCUCUCUGGAAAACCUCCAGAACUGGGUCUGUCAUCUGAUGCCAGUAGAGAACAGAGAUUAUCUCGCUUGGUAUUGCUGCGAUCAGUUGAUCUGGUGUCCUCUGUCGAAGGCUCGCUGCCUAUUCCAGUCUCCCUCUCCUGGGUCCGAGAUGGCAUCUUAGUGGUGGGCAUGGACUGUGAGAUGCACGUUUAUUCACAGUGGCAGCCCCCAGUACCACCCAAACCCAGCGCAACAACCGGCCAAGACACUGACAUCAGCAGCAGUGUGUCCUCUAUAAUCUCGGCUAUCAGGCAGAGUCAAGAGGAUGCUCUUAGCCCGGGAGCCCCUACGUCUUUACUGGCCCCUCCUAAAAAGGCAUUGACCAGAUCGAUGAUGAGUCUGGCUCAGAAACUCAGUGGGAAGAGAACAGCUUAUGACCUGCCUAUUGAGAUGGAAGACUCGGGGCUUUUUGAGGCAGCUCAUCAGCUCUUUCCCACGCUGCCCCAGUACCAUCCUGUACAGUUACUUGAGCUAAUGGAUCUAGGAAAGGUUUAUCGUGCCAAAGCCAUCCUCUCCCACCUGGUAAAAUGCAUUGCCGGGGAAAUUGUGACUCUCAAAGACAGUACCACCAAUCCUGAGAAACGGGUACGCUCUCGAACCAUUAGUGCUGGAGGCAGCACUGCCAGGGACCGCAAGAUGUUCAGCAAAUCUGAGAACUCCAGUCCUGACUACACAGAGAUCAGCUCCAUCCCUCCUCUGCCUCUGUACUCACUCCUGGCAGCUGAUGAGGAUACAUUAACAAAACCUGAUAAAGUGGGCAGUGUGAGUGGAGAUAGUGGGCAUGGUUCCAGUCACACUGAUGCUUAUGAUGAGCUCUUUCAAACACCCAGCAUGGCAGACCUGGAGCCUCUUGAUAAUGAUCAGGAAGAAGCAGGAAACAAGGUCAUUGACCUGUCCCAGUACAGUCCAACAUAUUUUGGUCCAGAACAUGCACAAGUUCUGUCCAGUCACCUUCUUCAUUCCAGUUUGCCAGGCUUAACCCGUUUGGAGCAAAUGUCUCUGAUGGCGUUGGCUGACACCAUUGCCACCACAAGCACAGACUUUAAAGACAGCCAGGGCACCAGCAAAGGUGGAGAAACACUGGAUGAGUGUGGACUGAAGUUUUUGUUGGCUGUCAGACUCCAUACCUUUCUCUCUACUUCCCUGCCUCCAGCUCACAGAGUACAGCUUCUACGACAAGGCCUGUCGACGUGUCAUUAUGCCUGGGCUUUUCACUCUGAAGCCGAAGAGGAGCUUCUGAACAUGUUGCCUGCUUUACAGAAAGGAGAGCCCACCUGGCCAGAGCUACGCUCCAUGGGUGUAGGCUGGUGGCUCCGCAGCACUAAUAAGCUACGCAGGUGUAUCGAGAAGGUUGCCAGGGCUUCAUUACAGAAGAGCAAUGAUCCUCUGGAUACAGCUAUAUUUUACCUUGCACUGAAAAAGAAGGCAGUGGUCUGGGGAUUGUACAGGUCUCAGAAGAACGCCAAAAUGACAGACUUUUUCCGAAACAACUUCAGUGAGGAUCGGUGGAGGAAAGCGGCACUAAAAAACGCCUUUUCUCUGCUGGGGAAGCAGCGGUUCCAGCACUCUGCAGCCUUCUUCCUUCUCGCCGGCUCCCUUAAGGAUGCUGUUGAGGUGUGUAUAGAGAAAAUGCAUGACUUGCAGCUGGCUCUAGUGAUCUCCAGGCUGUACGAGUCUGAGUUUGAGACUGCAUCCACCUAUAAAAAGAUCCUCCAGAGACAUGUGCUUGGACAAGACAAACAGAUUCCAGCCCACCAGGACCCGUUCCUGCGUAGCAUGGCUUACUGGGUCCUGGAGGACUACAGCAAAGCUUUGGAUACUCUACUUGAGCAUCCUGCUAACAGCAUAAGCUCUGGGUCCAGUGAGACCAGACGUGACACUGGUUCCUCUCCCGUGUCCACAUGUAACCCUGAGGUUUUCAACUUUUACACCUACCUACGUACCCAUCCACUCCUCCUUCGCCGCCAUUUAGGCUCCUCAGAAAAGGCUAAAGUUGGACUCACUGCUGAAGGUCGCAGGGCUGACUCCAUCAGUCUAGAGGAGAGAAGACUGUUUUUCACAGCUGCAUACACGCACCUGCAGGCCGGCUGUCCCAUGCUAGCUCUGGAAGUCCUAUCCAAGAUGCCCAAAGUCCGCAAGCAUUCCCAAAAACGCAACCAGGAGGACACAGGUCUCUCUACUGAACUCAGUGUUGGGAGCAGGAAUGGUCAACUAUCAGACCAUGAUUGGUCUCAGCCGGCUCUGAACGGCUAUGAGUCAGAUGGAAACUUGUCCAACAGCCGGUCAGAUUCAGUGCUGAGCUUUGACUGGAGCCAGCCGUCAAUGACACUUCCAGAUGAGCCCCUGGAGCUAAAGUGGGACACUGACAAAGAUGAUGAGGAUGAGGAUGAUGAUGAUGAAGAAGCUAAAAAUGGUAAUACUGGUAGAACAGCAGACAGCAGCAGUGUGUUUCAAGACACGCAGGAUGCCAUGUCGCCCUUAAUGGAGACAGUCACUGAAGAGGACAGUGAGGACAGCGACGAUUUCAUUGCACCAUCUGAUGACAUCUUGGCCGCUCAGCUGAAGUUUACAGCCUGCUUGAAGAUUUUGACCAAUGAGCUGCGGACAUUGUCCACAGGUUAUGAAUUGGAAGGAGGGAAGCUACGUUAUCAGCUCUACCAGUGGUUGGAGAGAGAGGUGUUGGCUCUGCAGCGUUGCUGCAGCUACAAGCCCUGCCUGCCAGAGCUGUCUGUCCAGGCUGAUGCCCCUGUUUCUGGAUUGGUGGAAGAGGAACAGGUGGGAAGCCCUCGUGGGGGCAGCCAGCGGAGCAGGAGACACUGGCUGCAGAGUAACCAGCCCUUACUCAGGAUGUUUCUGAGCUACUGCAGCUUGCAUGGCUCACAUGGGGGAGGACUGGCUUCUGUGCGCAUGGAGCUCAUAUUGUUGCUUCAAGAGUCUCACCAGGAUGAUUCCAUCCAAACAGCUGUGACAUCAAGUCCCCAACCCACAUCUAUCCCCCUCCUGAUGGCGUGCACAGCCAACGUUAAGACAGUGGUGGCCAAUCCUAUUGUCUACCUGACUAACCUCGCCCAUGACAUCCUGCAGACGAUCAAUGCUUUUGACUCUCCUCCACAUCCUGAUGUUGUCAUCAAUGAGAUCUAUGUGCUGCACACACUGGCUGCCUCCCUCUCAGCCUGUAUAUACCAGUGUUUGUGUGACGGACACACCCACAGCCAUGUGAAUCAUUUCACAGGAACGGUGUAUCAGAGUGUGCUGCUGUCUCAGAAACAGCCAGUAAAAACUCUCAGUAUGGAUGAGGCUGUUCAGCCCAACACUUCCCCUGCUCAGUGGCCAGGUAUCGCAUCUCUGAUUCGCUUGUUGAGCUCAGCAGGUGAAGAGAGCCAGCCAGGCCUAGCUAUGCUGCUCUGUGAGAUCCUUACUGCCGUAUUCCUUAGUCUGUUUGUUCACGGCUUGGCCACCCACUCCAGCAACGAGCUGUUCCGAAUCGUGGCCCACCCCCUCAACAGCAAGCUCUGGGUGAUGGUGUUCGGAGGGGGCGCCCGCACACCUGUCAUAGAGAAGCUUGCCAGCCCAACAAGAACACCCCCACCAGCCUCACCAAGCGGCUCAGACAGGAAAUCCAGACGGUUCAGGCUGCUGUCGUCUCGCAGUGGGUCAAGAGAGGAGUCAGGGAUCGAACGGGAGGGACCAUCCAGUCCUAGGCAUAUCCCUGUGGUGGAACAAGAAGCUCCCUCCAUCUUUAAAGAAAGAUUCAUUCCUCCAGAGCUCAGCAUUUGGGAUUACUUUAUUGCCAAGCCUUUGCUGCCACCAUCAGAAAGCAGGAUUGAGUAUGACUCAGAGGAAAGUGAAGGCAGUCAAGAUGAGGAUGAAGAUGAUGAAUUUGAAGAUGUGUUUGACCCUAACUCUCCUCAAAGAGAGCACUCAAACUACAAUUCAUACAGUUGGUGUGUGAUGCGUCUGGCAAUGGUUCAGCUGGUGUUGGUCAACCUUAAAUCCUUUUACCCUAUGGCAGGAUAUGAUCUAUUAGAUCUGCCUGUGGGCUCUCCUCUGUGUCACGCUGUGCUGAAGACGCUGCAGCGCUGGGAGCAGGUGCUGCAGAAAAGGCUGGAGAUUUUUGGAGGCCCGCCUUCCAAAUACAUCUCCACCCACCUCCACGAUGAAUCAGCCACACCUGGUCCUGCCCUGCUGAGACACAAAGCUCUGUUUGAACCAUCCAACACACCAUUCAGGACCAGCCACCCGUCAGCGCUGCCAGUAAAGCGUCUGUGGCAGUAUCUGGUCAAGCAGGAGGAAGUGCAGGAGACUUUCAUUAGGAACAUCUUUACUAAGAAACGGGACCCAAAUGAGUCGUGUGAGGACCAGACUGACAGUAUGAAAUAUUCAGGGAUGGAGGAGACAGGAAGCCAUCAGACUGAGUCAGAUCAGGGCUCCCCUGGAGGAAAGGCACGCAUCAUUCACAAGGAGUCUGACAUCAUCACAGCCUUCGCCAUCAACAAGGCAAAUCGUAAUUGUUUAGUCAUGGCCUCCACCCAUGACAUUCAGGAGCUGGAUGUGUCAUCCAUCUUGGCCACACAGAUCUUGACAUGGAUCGAUGAUGACGAGGCUGAAGCCAAAGGUGUUGGUGGGGAUGACUUUCUGGUGAUCCAUGCACGUGAUGAUUGUGCCGCCCUCCACGGCACCACGCCGUACACUCACAGCAGCCUAGGCACACCCAUCAACAUGCCGUGGCUGGGAGGUCUGCAGACGGGCCGGGGUGCAUCUGUGGUGAGCGCUAAACCUGAAUUAAUGAUCAAAAGAAACAUCAACAAUGUGAGAAGAAUGACCUCCCAUCCUACUCUGCCCUACUACCUGACGGGAGCUCAGGAUGGGAGUGUGAGGAUGUUCGAGUGGGGUCAUUCACAGCAGAUCAUCUGCUUCAGAAGUCCGGGAAACUCUAGAGUGACCAGGAUACGGUUCAACCACCAGGGGAACAAGUUUGGUAUCGUAGACGCUGAUGGAGGUUUAAGUCUCUGGCAGACCAACACAAGUGGGAAUGCACCCAAACCCUACCUGACGCUGCAGUGCCACAACAAGACAGCUCACGACUUUGUCUUUGUGGGCUCCUCCUCCCUCAUCGCCACUGCGGGUCUCUCUACAGACAACAGAAACGUGUGUCUGUGGGACACUCUGGUGACUCCAGUGAACUGCCUCGUACAUGCCUUCUACUGCCAUGAGUCUGGAGCCACCGUUCUCUCCAUGGCACCCAGGCAGCAGCUCCUCAUCACAGGCGGGAGGAAGGGCUGGAUCAGCGUCCUGGAGCUUCCUCACAGGAUCCAGCGGCAGAGCUUCCAGGCCCACGACUCACCAGUCAAAGCGCUGGCUGUUGAUCCCACAGAGGACUGCUUCAUCAGUGGAUCGUCUGAAGGCAACAUUAAGGUUUGGAGCCUGGCCACACAGUCUCUGCUCUACACCUUCCAAAACGAACACGCUCGCCAGUCACUCUUCAGGAACCUCGGCACAGGCGUCAUGCAGAUCGAGGUCGGGCCCGCCAAUCACAUCUUUUCCUGCGGCGCAGACGGAACCAUGAAGAUGCGGAUCCUUCCUAACCGUUUCAGUGUUGUCAACCACAACAACAACCACAGCAACCUCAAGAAUGAUGUCAAGUUCAUCAUAUAGUCGGAAGAAAAUAAGGUGUUGAAGCAAUUCUUAAAUGUGAAGUGCAGCUUAUGAUAGGGCACAGCUUCUAAUCGCAGUAAUCCCUAAGGGGAGGUGUGGCUGGUUUUCAAGGGAAUGGUGCUGAAGUGUUAUCAAACUGUAUAUGAAGGUGGAUUUUUAAUACGACUAACAGAUCUGAGAGUAUCAUCUGGGGGUUGAUGAAUGAUCACAUUAGCCAUGCUUUGUUUAGAAUAAAAACAUUAAAGCAGACCAAACACAGGAGGCUCUUCAUGUGCUUAAACUGGUAAAAACCAGAGAGGGAACAGGGUAACAACUGACUGCACAGUCGAUCAGAACAAAGAGAGAGAUGCAAAAACCUGGAGCUGCUGGAGAUUUUCAAAACAAGCUUAGCUGCUCAUGAAGAGCCUUUGUUUUUGCACAGGAAGUGAAGCUGCAGAGUACAGAGGAGUCUGCAGCUCUCUCCUCCUCCUACCACAUCUCUUACUUCAUAUUUCUCAAAGCAGUCUUAGCGUUGAAAGCUCCCCAGGAAUCGCUGCUGGAGUUUUCAGGUGAUAAAAUACAGGAGGCAGUGAUUUGUAAAGGGACAAUAAAAGAUCCUUUCAGAGGUUUGAACAUCACCGCAGGACUGUGCAACAUUGUUGAACCUGCUCAGCACAAAGCAGUUAGGCCAGUCAGUAUCGCACAAAGCACACUGUGUCCCAUCACAAGGACUGGCAAGGCGGCACAUGCUGCUGUUUUCUACCACAUUAUGAGCCAGCUUGGUUGGAGAAACAGAGGACCAGGUGGUAAGAGAAGAUCAAACCACACUUUUGGAAUCACAGGAUGCUAAUUUCAUAUCACUUUUAUGUUUAAAGUCUAGUUUGUAGGUAAGGUGGAGGCUCUUUGCCAACCUGAGAGAAAACUUUGAUCUCAGUAAGGAUGAAGAAUGGAUAAACACAACAAAUCUCUGAAAUAUAAGGCAAUAUUUAAAUUAUUUUGCAUUCCCUGAGUGGGAAAGUUUGCUCUCAUGUUUGUCUGUUAAAUGUGAAGCCACAGGCAGCAGCUUGCUAGCUCAGCUCAAAGACUGAACAAACAAGGCUAGCUGCUUUGAGCCACAGCUAAGCUAACCAGCUGCUGGUGAAGCUUCACGGUUAUCAGGCACAUCUAAGAUUUCUCCAACAGAAAGAAAAAACGUUAAUUUCAUACUAAUUAGAAAUGCUUUAUUAAGGCUUGGUGGAUUUUUUUCACACAAGUUGGGUUCUCAGUUUUAUGGACUUCCUGAGCAGAUGGCUCCAUUUCUACUACUCUAUUUGCACAUAAACAUGAAGCUAAAUUAUAUGUAGUAACAUGCAUUUAACUAUAGGAGGCUGAAUUUAGUAAAACAGUGAAACUUUUUAGAAAUAAGAUCAGUUAAGAGAUUUAAGCAGUGGUGUUAUUAAUAUUAAGUGUCCUUAAUCUCUGAAACCUACUUUUGCUAGUACACUAGUACUGCUAGUCCUGAUUAUAUUGAUUAUUGACACAAAGUUGCACAAAGUAAGCUCUGGUUGGUGUGGGACACCAUGAAUAAUACCCUUUUCUGUUUUGUUUUGUUUUUUUUUUUUUUUUUGCUGUUUAAUAUAAAGCUUAAGAACAUGUAGCAGAAAACUUUGCUGUUGACGAUUGAAAAGGGUAAAGAGAGGUUUAGGGUUAAAUACUAAUCAAUACUCUAUUUUGUUGUGGAAACCUUUUAUUCCGCUGAUGACGCACUUCAUUUUCCAAAUGCUUCAUGUUGAAAACCGCCUUGGAAAUGAUUUUGUUUGCCUUGUAGUUUUUUAAGGCUUGAUCUUUGUCAUUACAUCAUCUUUACUUUUUUAUUCAAUCCAUUUCUUGAUAUAUCAUCCAAAUGCAGCACAAUGCCUUCAGUCUGUGCUUGGAAACUGUGGUCAAGGUGGUGAUGUGUCUUCCACAUUAAUAAGGAGGAUGUUUAAUGCUAAAUUUCUGAUUAAAAGGAGAUUUAUCUGUUAAGCUAGAAACACAUAUAGCCACUUUGUGCUGCUGUAGGAAAAUAAAAAUAUAUUAGCUUUGAUUUCAGGAGAGAAACUGAGGAAAAUGUUUCAGAUGAAGCAGCUUUAUCGUAUGUAAAUAUCAGUAGGCCUCUCACAAUGAUGGCAUAAGGAGUAGUCAAUCGCAGAUAAACAGCAAGUUAAGGACAGAAGCCACUUUAUGAAGAAUAUUAUCUGUACAAAUAAAGGUGUAUGUAUGAUAGAGGUUAAUAUUUAGGAUUAUAGACUGAUUCAAGAGUGGGUUUAAUCCACUUUCCUGCUUUUUUUCCUGUUUAAUUUUGUCAUUUUUCUCAUGAGGGCUUGAAAAACCCACAUUUUUGUUUGCCCACUCCUAAAGUGGAACGUUCUGUGUACCUCUGCAGUAACUUAAGAAUAAAAUAAUUUUUUAUGGAA